AUGUUGAGUUAUAUUUCAUUCACCGAUAUUGGAGGUGCGGGGUGCAUACUCGGAGUGAUAAAUGUGAGCUCCGGAUAUAGGGGUAUGGGGGCAACCCCCUGGUUUGGAGAUAUACACUCAAGAAACAAAUGCAACAACCUCACCAUCUGGGUACAAACCAUGGCUGUUUUUGCACUUUCCAUGGUGGUUCUCUUGGCCAUGGCAGGCUUUUCAAGCGCAGCUUAUUGUGUAUGUAACCCUUCAUUGGGUGACGCAGUUCUUCAAAAGAACAUAGAUUAUGCUUGUGGAAAUGGAGCUGAUUGUAGUCUAAUCCUUCAAGGUGCUACUUGUUUUAACCCUAAUACAGUCAAGGAUCACUGUAAUUACGCUGUCAACAGCUAUUUCCAAAGGAAAGGUGAAGUUUCAGGGAGCUGCGAUUUCUCAAACACAGCUACCGUUAGCCAAACAGCCCCACCUGGGGCAACUUCUGUAUGUUAUGCUGGUAGCCCAAGCUCGACAACUCCAACCACCUCAUCACCACCUGGGACCGGAACCGGAACCGGAACCCCUGGGACCGGAACCGGAACCGGGACCGGAACCCCUGGGACCGGAACCGGAACUGGAACCGGAACUGGGACUGGGACUGGAACUGGAACUGGAACUGGCAUUGGGUUGAACCCGCCGUUUGGAAUGGGCCCUACAGGACAAGACACCAGUGGUGCUGAAUCUUUCAAGUGUUUGACUUUAUUGACUGUUUUGGUUCCGGGUUUGAUCUUAUGGUUAAGGUUGAUCUAAGGGUGUUUUGUAAUAUGAUGAAAUCCUGUUGUAAUCUAUGGAGUUGUAUGGUGGUAGUAGGGAAUCGAUUAUCGGUUGUAAUCCAUGAUAGCCUAUUUUUUUUGGAUGUACUUUUUGUAUGUGGGGAAUUUAUGCCUUUUGAAAUGAGGCUGUCUUCUGUGAAUGGGUGUUUGUGGGGGGCACUGCUACUCUUUUUCUUGAUUCCUUUUAGAUUUUUCACCUUUUUGUAUAUCUAAAAGGUCAAUAUUCUUAUUUGGAUUCUUUACACUACUUUUUAGUUUUUACUCCAUGGGCUUACAAGUUUUGAUGCAAAGGGUACAACUAUUGUUGGUCCAAAUAGUUGUGUCAUGAAAGUCUAUGGCCAUGUGGUCUAGUGGCUCAGAUUGUUUGUCUUGAGCACAUGCACCAAUUUAUAAAGGCUAUGGCCCAUGAUGGGUAUAUCGUGAGGACUUCUAGAGUUAUUUUCCUUUUGUAAUAUUUGGAGUAAAUGGUGAAUAGAUGUCAUGAAAUUUGUAUACAGCAAUAUGUUACAUUCGAUCCUUGGUCAGGAAAAUUGCGCUUUGAUUGUCGCAAUACACAAUAUUAGCC